GUCCUGAUGCCAAGCGACCCCCAGGUGGUGGUGGUGGUGGUGGUGGCGGUGGAGGCGGCGGUGGAGGCGGCGGCGGCAGCGGCGGUGGCGGUGGUGGUGGUGAAGUUGGAUUUAUGGGCGGCCCUCCAAUGGGUGGCCCAGGCGGUCCUCCGGGGGGUGGAGUGCCACACCGUGGUCUUGGUGCAGUGGAUUCCGAAGAAAUUCAGGUUCCAGACAAGAUGGUCGGCCUUAGAGGAGCACGUGGCGGGGAGGCAGUCGAUUCCGAAGAGAUCAGGAUCCCUGACAAGAUGGUUGGCAUGAUUAUUGGAAGAGGUGGUGAACAGAUAACACGACUUCAGAGAGAGAGUGGUGCAAAGAUACAAAUGGCCCAAGAUAGUGGAGGAAUGCCUGAGAGACUUUGCACCAUAUCAGGUCCAAGAGAAGCCAUUAACCGUGCCAAGGAGAUGGUUUUUGAAAUUGUCCAGCGUGGAGACAAUCCUGCUGAUCGCCGCAACAGAGGCAUGGGUGGUGGUGGUCCCAUGGGCCCUCCAGGAAUGGAGAUGGGAGGAAAUGCUUCAACAGUGGAGAUAAGCAUUCCUGGGCCCAAAGUGGGACUCAUUAUUGGGAAAGGAGGAGAAACCAUAAAGCAGUUACAGGAGAAGUCUGGAGCCAAAAUGGUUAUCAUCCAAGAUGGACCACAACAGGAAAAUGAGAAGCCUUUGCGCAUCACUGGAGACCCACACAAGGUUGAAAUGGCAAAGCAGCUUGUGUAUGACUUGAUAGCUGAGAAGGAAACCCAAGCAGCUCAGUUUGGGAACCGCGGCCGUGGACGAGGUGGAGGUUUUGGUGACCGCAGAGGAGACCGAGAUCGCAGUGACCGUGGAGACAGGGACCGCAGAGAUAGGGACAGGGAGCGUGAUGAGUACGGAGGGGGUGACGAGAGGAACUCUCACGAGUUCGAUCCCCAACAGGAGCGCUUUGCUGGUCGUGGUGGACGAGGUGGUUUCAAUAAUGACUGGGGUCGUGGUGGGCCAGGGGGACCCCCAGGUGGUCCAAUGGGCCGUGGUGGCUUUGGACCUGGAGGCCCAGGUGGUCCAGGGGGACCUGGAGGAAUGGGAGGACCUGCUGGACCAAUGGGCCGUGGAGGACCUAUGGGAGGACCCAUGGGAGGAGGCGGACGUGGAGGACCUGGAGAGAAAGUGGAGGCCUUUAAUGUUCCUGCAAACAAAUGUGGCCUAGUGAUUGGUAAAGGAGGUGAAACUAUUCGUGGCAUCAAUCAGCAAACUGGUGCACACUGCGAACUUGACCGUCGCCCUCCAAGUAAUCCGAGCGAGAAGACUUUCAUCAUUCGUGGCAGUCCUGAGCAGAUUGACAAUGCAAAAAAACUGAUUGCAGAAAAGGCAGGCAUGGCUGGUGGAGGGCCUGGUCAGAAUGGCAACAGUAAUCUUGCACCACAGGGCUGGGGCAAUGCCUACCAACAGUGGAACCAAGGCCAUCCAAAUGACCCAACCAAACAAGCAGCAGAUGCAAAUGCAGCUGCAUGGGCAGCCUACUAUUCACAGUACUAUGGUGGGCAGCAGAAUCAGAGCAACCAAAGCAGUGCUCCUACCAAUAACCAACCACAGCCUAAUGCCAGUCAACCUACCUCAGGUCCAGCAGCUGGGGGUCAGCCAGACUAUUCGGCACAGUGGGCCGAUUACUACAGAAGUAUGGGAAUGCAUAGAGAGGCUGAAGCCAUUGAACAGCAGGCCAAAGGAAUGAAAGUUGGAGGCCCUGCCUCAAAUGCAACACCACAGCAGGGUGGAGGUGCACAGCCAGCAGCCCCAGGAGCAGCAGCAGCAGGUGGCACAGGAGCACAAGAUUAUUCCCAACAGUGGAUAGAGUACUACCGGACACAGGGCAUGCACGCAGAAGCUGAUAAGAUUGAGGCACAGAUCAAAGCUUCUAAGGGAGGAUUGGGUGGGGCAACGGCAGUCCCCUGUGCCCCACCUCAGCUUGGAGGAGCUCCUGCAGCACCAGCAUCAGCACCAGCAGUACCUGUCACCGGUCAAGUUCCUGCUCAGCAGACAGGUGCCGGCAUGACAGACUACUCCCAACAGUGGAUAGAGUACUACCGCUCACAGGGUAUGCUCGCUGAGGCGGAUAAAAUUGAGCAGCAAUUGAAGGCUGCUAAGGUUAGUAAUGGGGCACAUACUUGAAGACAAACUGGCCUG